AUGACUUCUUAAGUCUAUAAAUUAAAAAAAAGAUAAAAAAAGGCUUGCAAGUAUAAAUUGAUUAUAUUUUAAUCGCAUAAUUAUAAGUUUUUAUAUUAAUAUUUAUUGAAAAGCUAAGGAUAUUAUAAUAUGAUAGACAGAUAAUUUCUGAAUGUAUAAGUAAUUCAUUGGAUGUCAUUUUGUUACUCAGUUUAUUUCUAUAUUUAGAGUAGAAAUACAAGUAAUUUAUUAUGUUUGAUAAUCAUUUGCUUGCUAUCCCCUGUAGUACUGUUAUCGCAUUAAGCUAAAUCGAGAGCAAAAAUGAUUGGAACAGUAUUUUGUAUUCAAAUAGAUUUGGUUUGUCUAAUAAUUCUGAAUUAAUAAAACUUAAACCAUGGUUCAUAUGCUUAAUUAAUAAUAAGUUAAUACCUUUCAAAAGAUCUUAUUAAGAAAGUAUAGAAAUAAAAUCAAGUAAUGAUAAUAAAUCCAAUGACUUUUUAUUAUGGUUUAAUGAUAGUUGUAAGUGUAUUUUAAUAAAUAUAUUUACAUACAGUGAGUGAAUUUAAUUAAGAAUGCCCUUAAUUAAUUUUAUGUUUAUUUUUGUCUUUGCAGGAUAGUAUUUUAUUGAAAUAGAAAAACUAAAAUUAAUUAAAUACAACAAUUUAAAUAGAUGGAGUUGGUGCAAUAAAUAAACUGGAAAGUUUAGGAAAAAGAGUAGUUUCUGUUGUUGACAGUGAUAAAAAUAUGAUUUUAGAUUAAUCUAAAGAUAGUGCAAGAAUUAUGUGUAAUAAUUUUAGCAAUAUUUAAUAACAUUAUAUCAAUUCUGAAAUAAUUUAUAAUUCUUUAGAAUAUUUAUAAGAAGGAUUAAUAAUAUUAGAUAUAUAAGAUGAGAAAUAUCAAGCUUAUAAAAUAUAGUAUAUGAAUAGUGCAACUAGAAUUUUAUUUGGUCGUGAAUAGGAGAGUGAAAUUUUAUAUAUUUUAGAGAGUUUAAAUACAUUAUAAAUAUAGAGUUAAGAUAUAAUGGAAGAUCUUAAUUCAAGAAGAGAAUCAAUAUAAUAACGAUUAUCAAAUUUAUAAUUUUCUCGUUUAUGCAAAUCUAUCUUUGUAUAAAAGGAUUUAUUUUGUUCAAUAAAAUAACCAAUUUUAGAUGUUUAAAUGUUUGAAAAACACUAAAUAAUUAGUAUGAAAGAUUUAUUAGAAAAAAUGUUAUAGUCAAGGAAAGCAGAAGUUAUAACAGUGAAUACUCAUUUUAGUGGUAGUCUAGCAUUAAAUACAAAUAAGAAUAUAACAAUAUCUUAAUCUAAUGUUGGAGGAUAAUCAAGACAUGAGUAGAAUGAAAGAUUGAUGGAAUUCACUUUAACUCUAACAAGAGAUAAAAGUAUAUUAAUAAUCUGUCGAGAUGUUACACAUAGAUAAAAAAUUAGAUAUUUAAAAGAUUAUGAUAUUUAAAAAUCAAAGAUGUUAUCAUUUGUGAGUCAUGAAUAUCGUUAACCAUUAGGUUGUAUAAUCUAGAUGAUUGAAUGUGUACUAAUGUAGCCAAUAAUAAUAAAUAAUCUAGAUAUAGCAGAAGAUUUACAAGUAGCAUUAGAUAAUUCUAAAUAUAUUUUAAAUUUGUCAAAUGAUUUAUUAGAUUUGGCAUAAAUAAAGAAUGGAAAAUUCAAAAUUAAUAAGAUAGCAUUUAAUAUUGAGCAUUUAAUACAAGAUUGUAUUAAAAUGUUCGCUUUAAAAGCUAAAUUAAAAAAUCUAAAAUUAGAAACAUAAUUUUGUAGUAAUAUCCCAAAGUAUAUCAUAUCUGAUAAAAACAGAUUGAAAUAAAUAAUUGUAAAUCUAUUGAGCAAUGCUUUUAAAUUUAAUAGUAGUAAAAUAGAAAUCAGCAUUUAAAUUUAAUCAGCUUUUUUAAGAAUUGGUGUUAGAGAUGAUGGAAUAGGAAUUAGUAAAGAAGAUUAAUAAAAAUUAUUUAAGGCAUUUUCUAAAGUGAAUUCAGAAGAAAGCAAAAAAUUAAAUGAAUAAGGUGUUGGUUUAGGAUUAGUUAUUAGUAAUUAAAUUGCUUAAAAUAUAGGAUGUAGUGGAUUAAAUAUAGAAUCUAAAAUAGAUAUAGAUAAUCAUUAUUCGUACUUUUAUUUCGAUAUGUUAAUAGAAUUGCCUGAGAAAAAGAAAGUGGAAAUAUUUAAAAUUCCUGAAAUUUACCCACUUUAUUAAGAAGUUGAUGAAAUAAUAACUUAUAAUUAGGAAUAAUAAAAAAUAACUUAAGAUGUUAUUUCUUAUUGUUCUCAUUGUUUACUUGUAGAUGAUGAAUGUUUUAAUACACUUGCUUUUAAUAAAAUUUUAAAAGGAGUUCUAAAAAACAUAAAUUAAUAAAUGGAUGUAGAGUCUAUUCUUUCUGGUAAGGAGUCUAUAGAAAAAGUGAAAAAUAAAAAGUGUAGUAAUUCAUGUUAAGGAUAUAAACUAAUAUUUAUGGAUGUCGAAAUGCCUAUUAUGAAUGGAAUUUAAACUACCAAAUAAAUAUUAGCUUUUAAUCCUAGUUAGAUAAUUAUUGGAUGUAGUGGUUACACAGAUUAUUAAGAGAAAAAGAGAUGUUUAGAUGCAGGAAUGUCAGAUUAUAUUACAAAACCUGUAAAUGAAACAGAACUUUAAGAGAUACUCAAGAAAUAUUUAUGA